AUAUUAAUAACUAAUGUGAACACCUCCUAGCUUCUUUGGCUCAAUUAUCUACUGGUAUACUAAAAGUUUUUAAUUAUCUUUAUUUCUUGAUAAUUUUGUUAAGAUAUGGCUUUGUAAAUGUUUAAAAAAAAUCUGACUCUAGCAAGAUAUUCAAAUUUACAUCUUAUACCAGUUAAAUCUCUAUAGAUACUCAUUUAUUCAUUACAAUCUCCCUUUGAUAUUUUUCUUUGCUUUACAUGAUAUUCCACACUCUGUAUUUCUGAACCUGACUACUCAUUCUCCUACUCUGAUUUCCAAAGUUAGGCAUGGCCUGCAGAUUUGUUCUCGGGGUUCCCCUCCUCCUCUUCCUAUACAUAAUUCUUGAUACUCUCAGUCAUAGCCUUAUGUAGUAUUUUUGUCAUGUAAUUCCCAAAUGUUAAAGUCAAUUAUCUUUGAAUGGGUUGGCAUGUUAGGUACAUGAGCCAAAAUUCUUAGAGAUUCAACUUUCAUUGAGGAGUAGACUUGGAAAUAAAAUGUUUAAUUUUUUGCUCUUUGCCAUGCUUCCAGUUUCCAUAAUCAUAAAUUCUUGAUAUUAUUCAGAAGUCAGAGGCAGGUUCUAAUGUAAUUAUACAAUUAUAACUGUUCGUUAUAUUUCUAAUUGUUGAUAUUAUAUGAAAAUGAGUUGAUGACACUGUCCUAAUGACUAGAUUAGUAUGCCUAGUUGUCAAUUACUUAGUAUAACUCUUUAGCAAAUUAAUAGGUCAAAGUGAGCACUUUUUUCUCUUGAGCUACACAUGGCUUGGUCAAAGGAAUUUUGCACAUAUUUACAUCUCUUAAUCAAAUAUCCACUGAUAUAUUGAUAAGUAAUGAUACAGUAAUACAGGGCUUGGUUCCUAUUUGCUUAUAAAUCCAUUAUUGAUGCUAAUCAAAUUAACUCUCUUGGCAUUAAUUGUGAUGGGUAACUUAUGAGCUACAGAGCUAACUGUUAAAGGCUUAAGAAUCCCACAUUCAUAGGGUGGAUAACUUCUCUUCUGCAUUUGUCACAGUACUUUGGGUCAUUCCUUACUCAUACGAGCAACUCAGGUCUAUAGUCUUUUAAAUUGAACAUAUCAGCCAGUUAUUACCACCUUUUUAAAUUUUUAAUUUACUCCCAGUUACCACUGAAAAUAAAAGACUACUGGCAGUUUUUAAUUUUACUUUGGAUAGCAAAAGACUUAUCUGUACGUUUCAAAUGCCAGAUAGCUCUAUAACUGUUAUCAAUUACAUUAAUUAAGAGAAAAUUGUAGUGAAAUUUGCUCUGAGAAAGAAAAAGAGCAUUGCCCUAAAACCUUUGUUAAUGCAUAGCUGUCCAUAGCUAUUGUGUUUUUCAUAAUUUAGCUACGUUUUGUCCAAUUUAUGACAAAAUUUUAGAGGAAAUGAGAAAAUACAAUUUCAAAGAGAAAUAAUUGUGAAAUUAUUCAUGUGUAGCUAGUUUAAUAUGAAUCAAAACAACCUCCACACAAGUACAGGCUGAUUAAAUAGUUGAAUUGACUAAUUGUUUUGAAAUAUAUGCCUAGUAGGACAGCCAUUUAAAUUUGCUAACAAGCUGCACAGUUCAGAAAGUUUGUAAGCCAUUUAGGAAAAUGAAACUUAUGGCUCAACAGCAUUUCUACUAACAUUUAGAAAACUAUAGUUUGAAUUUAAAAUGAUUUUAAAUGUAAAUCAGUGUUCAAAGAUAUUUCACAUAUAUUAACUCAUUUAAUACUCACUGAAAUCCUGCAUGAUAAGGAGUACCAGAGGAUGCUCUGAGUUUAUCAGCAAUUUGCCCAAGAUUACAUAAAUAGUAUUGAAGUACACAUUCAAACUCAGUUCAUCAGGUUCCAAGUUUAGUGCCAUCCUCAUCACUUCGUUUAUAUUUAAGUACCUAGUAUGAGUCAGUACCUGGUAAGUGCAUCAGAGGAUAGAAACCAAGAACACAAUUUUGAAUAGGAUAAUAUUUUUGCUUUCAAUUGGCUUUAAAUGUAGCAAGUGAAACAAAAAAAGUGAUUAGAUCAUGCUAUUUUGUUAAAUUAUCACAUCCAGGGUAAGUAUAAGGUGUCUCGACAGCAACACAGAAGGAGACAUUACUUAUAUCUGGAGGGGGCACAAAGAAGAUAUCUAAGGUGAUAUUUGUUGGUCUUCCUGUAAUAGUGAGGUCUAUGGAGAUGAAGGACUGUUCCAGAUGAGAAGAGUGAGGAGCAUGUAGAAGGAUCUGAGCUUCUCAGCUGCUGUUACAUUCUACUUGGAUAGCUGUGAAAUGGAAUAAUGUUCACCCUGCUGUGAGCCCAGAUAUAUGAGACUUUAGGCUGUAAAUGAACUGGAGAUCAGCCAGAUCACUUGCAUGCAAAAAGCCGCUGUGGAUCUGUCUUUCAAACAAGAGCAGCAGAAAACACUAUAGCAAGGUUAAAGCUAUAUCCACUCUGACUCACCCAGAAAGCAGAGCCCUGAUUCUGCGUGAGAAAGACUAUCUCUACAGAAACUAAAACGGUAUCAACAGUUUCUGUACAGCACAGAUUAUGACAGCUUCUUUCUUAAGACUGUCAUUUGGAGCACUGGCUCAGGAGUCAAAAUCACCAAUGGCUGAUCCAUCAAUCAAUCAGAAGUGAAGACAAAAGCUUCAAAGAAUAGAAUGUUUAAAUUUCAUCCAAUGAAACACAUUUUUGAAAUACUUGAUAAAAUGAGAUGCCUGCGAAAACGUUCUACAGUGUCGUUCUUGGGAGUUCUUGUUAUUUUUCUCCUAUUUAUCAACUUGUACAUUGAAGAUAGCUAUGUUCUGGAAGGAGACAAACAACUUAUAAGGGAAACAUCCACACAUCAGCUGAAUUCAGAACGCUAUGUUCAUACUUUCAAGGAUUUAUCAAAUUUCUCAGGAGCCAUAAAUGUCACCUAUCGCUACUUAGCUGCCACACCUUUACAAAGAAAGCGUUAUCUUACAAUUGGACUUUCUUCAGUAAAGCGAAAAAAAGGAAAUUAUUUACUUGAGACAAUUAAGUCAAUUUUUGAGCAAUCCAGCUAUGAAGAGCUGAAGGAAAUUUCAGUGGUGGUUCACCUAGCAGACUUUAAUUCUUCCUGGCGUGACGCCAUGGUCCAGGAUAUUACACAGAAAUUUGCACACCAUAUUAUUGCAGGAAGAUUAAUGGUUAUACAUGCUCCAGAGGAAUAUUACCCAAUCCUGGAUGGCCUUAAAAGAAAUUACAAUGAUCCAGAAGAUAGAGUCAAAUUUCGUUCCAAGCAAAAUGUAGAUUAUGCAUUUCUGCUUAAUUUUUGUGCCAAUACUUCAGACUAUUAUGUAAUGCUUGAAGACGAUGUUCGAUGUUCAAAAAACUUCUUAACUGCCAUCAAGAAAGUCAUUGCAUCCCUAGAAGGAACUUACUGGGUAACGCUUGAAUUCUCUAAGCUUGGCUACAUUGGUAAACUCUAUCAUUCUCAUGACCUCCCACGUUUGGCACAUUUUUUAUUAAUGUUUUAUCAAGAAAUGCCUUGUGAUUGGCUAUUGACUCAUUUCCGGGGCCUGUUGGCUCAGAAAAAUGUGAUCCGUUUUAAACCCUCUCUCUUUCAGCACAUGGGCUAUUAUUCAUCAUACAAAGGGACGGAGAAUAAGCUGAAGGAUGAUGAUUUUGAAGAGGAGUCAUUUGACAUUCCUGAUAACCCCCCUGCAAGUCUGUACACCAAUAUGAAUGUGUUUGAAAAUUAUGAAGCAAGCAAGGCUUAUAGUAGUGUUGACGAGUACUUUUGGGGAAAACCACCUUCAACAGGAGAUGUCUUUGUGAUUGUAUUUGAAAAUCCAAUUAUAAUAAAAAAAAUUAAAGUAAAUACUGGAACAGAAGAUCGGCAAAAUGAUAUUUUGCAUCAUGGAGCCCUAGAUGUUGGGGAAAAUGUUUUGCCUAGCAAACAAAGGAGACAGUGUUCUACUUACUUAAGACUAGGAGAAUUCAAAAAUGGAAACUUUGAAAUGUCAGGUGUGAAUCAAAAAAUUCCAUUUGAUAUACAUUGUAUGAGGAUAUAUGUCACCAAAACACAAAAGGAAUGGCUAAUUAUUAGGAGUAUCAGCAUUUGGACUUCUUAACCAAUUAAAUCAGCAUGUUCGGUUUCUGAAGCAGGUCUUCCUGUUUCCUCUUUUGCUACCUUUGUCUUUUGGAGGAAAAGCAAUGGAUGGGAUAUGUUAAAAGAAUCAUUAAUUACAUUGGUAGUUUUCAUUUAUACAUUGUUGACAUAAUUUUACUCUUAAUACACACUUGUAUUUAUUUUAACUUCUGAACUUGAAUAUCAGUCUAUAGCUAAUGCUACUUUUAUUUAUAUAUUUUUUAAUGUUCUUCAUUUUAAACUUUCAACUGAUUGUCAAAAGGUUAAUAUGAAAGAUUUUAAAUGAAAAAAAUUUGUUGGAUGAUGAUUUUUGAAAAAUUGUCACCAACUGUAUAUACUUUCUCAAGAUUUGAUAAUUCAUUAUAUUAUCAGAUAGCUUUUAUUAAGCAUCUGUGGGAAUAUGCAGUUGGGAUUAUUUUUUGUAUCAACUUUAGUUUCCAUUGACUUCUGUAUAUCUACAAUGAAUACCUCCUCAUAGAAGUGAUGUCUUUAACACAGAAUUUUUUGUGUAGGUGAGGCUAUGGAAAAAGAAAAAAAAUACUUAAAAAUAUCUCUCCCCUGAUUAUUUAUAUGAAAGGGGACAUUGUUCAUUGUUUAAAAACAUUUAACUGAGCACCUAUUGUUAAUAAAUUUUCUGGGGGAAGCAGUCUUUUUCUAGUUUCCCUUUUGCAAAAAAAAAAAAAAAAAAAAGAAUAGUUAAGGUCAAUAUUUUCAGGUUACAUUGAAUACCCACAUUUAAUAGAAUAAAUUAGGUAAGGCCUAGAGUAGUUAGUUCAUUCGUACAGACAUUUUCAGUAUAUGCAGAAAAUUUUUUGAAAUUGAUUUUAUACAUUUUGUAUUAAAAUUCAUGUGAUUGAAAGUAUUGUGAUUUAUCAUAUACUUUUUUGGAAUUUAAAUGGUUAUAUUAUAAAGGAAAAAAGUAAGAACCAUAGAAAUCAGUUGACUUUUCUAGAAUUAAAGAGCUGUUUCCUACCAAGGCCAGAAUGAGAGAUCUGGUAUUCUGAUAACCAGACAACGCUCUUCUUCAUAUGAUUUCUCCUGACACGAUUUAUGUUUUCUGUGUUCUAUUUGCUACAUGAGUCUCAGAGAAUAAGUUAUGCCAUCUGGAAAUAGCUGGUACAAUUCUUGCAUAAAUAAUAUAUCCUAAAUAAUGUUCUAAAUGAUUCUUUUUUGGUUUAUGCCCCAAAAUAAUAAGCACACUUGACUAAACUUUUCCUAAUAGGGAUUGGAGAGUGUGUCUUUACAAUGUGUCCAUUAAAGUAAUUCAGGACACCAUAGUGUGUCCUAAAGACGUUGGUUUUCAGAAUGUCCUGAGCUUCUCUCAUCCUUUUAGUUUUUUAAUGAACAGCAAAAACUAAGGGACGUAUUAUAAAGGGAAAUGGAGGGUGCUUCAUAUAUGUUUAAGAAACUCAAGUAUGUGUUGAUAUAGAUGACUGUGUGUGUGUGUGAGAGAGUGAGAAGGCUAGACACUUGAUAGUAAGAUAGAAUGAGGAAAACUUCCUCCUCCUCCUUUCCAUUCUGAAACACAAUCCUUAAGAUUUACUGGUAUGCCCUGGUCCAAACAACAUUAGGAUAUUUUUAUUUUAUUCAUUCUCUGCAAAUAAAUGAGAAACUCAGAUAAAAAAUGGA